AUGAAGCAAUUCGCCGGACUUCUCUUCCUCUGCAUCGUUCUUCUCUCCUCACUCGCCGGAAAUGCUGAUUCCGAUCUGAUUUCCGAUCUGUGCAAGAAAACCGACGACCCAAAACUCUGUCUCUCGAGCAUACAGUCGCGUCCCGAGUCCGGCGAGUUCGCAGCCACCAGCAACCAGAUCGAGAUCAUAGCUAUCUCCGCCGUGUCGGCAAACGCCUCCGCCACAUCCGCCUACAUCAAGGAAAAGCUCAGCCGCGAGGAUCUUGAGCCGGCCACGGAGGACACGCUCGAGGACUGUCAGAAGAACUACCAAGACGCCGUUGAGCAGCUCGACGACUCCAUCUCCGCCAUGAUCGCCGACGCACACGCCGACGUCGACGUCUGGCUAAACGCGGCGAUCAGCGCCGUAGAGUCAUGUGGGAACGCGUUGGAGUCACGCGCCGGGAACGAUGUGGAGCUUUCUCAGAGGAACGAGGUUUUUCUCAAGCUUUGCAAAAACGCUUUGGUGAUUAACAAGAUGUUAACUUGA